AUGGAAAUUACUGAGACAAGCUAGUUAAGAGAAAUCAGGGUUAUCUCUUUGAGAAAUAAAAAUUUAUCAUACUGCUUAGAAUCAAUGCUUGAUUGCUACAACCUUACUAUUGCUUAUCUACAAGGAAACUAAAUAUAAACAAAGGAUUUAUUUUUCCUAAGCAGGUUUAAACACCUAUAAAAAAUUGACCUUUCAAACAAUAACAUAUCUCAGCUUCCUUCAAAAACUGUAUUCUAUGCAAUGAAAAAUCUCAAAAUCGUCUAUCUUCAUGAUAACCUAAUAGCAGAAUGGGCUGAUAUGGAAAAUCUAACAGGACUUUCUAAUAUAAGACAUCUUACACUUUUUAAUAAUCCAUGUGCUUAAAUAUCAGGCUAUCGUCACUAUAUGGUUAACAGCAUUUAAAGUAUUUAAGCAUUAGACUUACACAUAGUAACUGAUGAGGAAAGAAACAGCAAGUUUAUAUCUCAAAAUUGCAGAGUAGACGCCUCUGAUAGAUUUUAAUCUCUUAGUGACUAUAUGAAACUCAAGAUGCCUAAUUAUUUUCAAAGUUCUACUGCUGAAGAACAUUUAAUGAGACUCGACAUUGAUGUUUACUAAUUAUGCAGAAUCUAUGAAAAGAACUCCCCAAUAAUUGCAAUCUAAAGAACUUUUAGGGGAUACAGAGAGAGGAAAACUGUUAAAAUCAUUAAGAAAAGCAGAGAUGAUGCAGCUACUAAGGUUUAGAAAAUAUUUAGAGGGUGGUUUCUAAGACUUAAAAGUAGGAGAGAAUUAGAAAAUUUCGCAAUAGAUUCUGGCUUAUCUCACUUGCUUUUAUCCUAACAGCAAUUAAGAGAACUAAGAGCAGCCCUACUUCUUUAGAAGUAUGGAAAGAAAUUUAUCAUGAAUUAAAAACGAAAGAAGCUUUAAUUCCAAAAAGCUAUUAGAAUUUAGGCUCUUAUUAGAGCAUUUAUUUUAACUAAGCGAUCGUGGGUUGAUGCAUUUGAUAUAUAUUAAAAUCCUCCUUUGUUGUAUUAUCAGAGAGAAUAAGCUCCACUUUUGUAAUCAAUGGGCUACUCAGAUGAGUAUGUUAAUCAGGCUAUUUGCACUAAAUAUUUAAGUAUCAGAUUAAGAGACCCAUCUUUGGUGUAAUUAACCGAUAAACCUCUUACUAAUUUUAUCCGAAUGUUCUCUUUAAACACAUAGCUUAGAUUCAACAAGCCUUUGUAAAAUGGAAUGACUGAUGUUAUGCCGCAUCAUUUUUAUUCUAAUAGCAUAAAUGGAGACCCUAAUCAGAAGAGAUAAUUCAAAAUAUUAAAAAACAGGACUAGAUAUAACAAGGAAAAAUAUAUAAAUCAGCAAAAGAAAAUAAGAAAGAGGCUUAGAAAUAAUCCAAAUUACACUGAUCAAUAUCAAGAUUUAAUGUGCAUUUACUUUGAAGAUCAUAAAACAAUGAUUGACUUUGUCAAUUAAGUAAUGAUGUAUCAACAAACCAUAAAGAAGCCAUUUAUAAUGUACUUUGAGAAAACUUUAAAUUAAAUAGCAUCUGCAACUAGAAUUCAAACUUGGUAUAGGGCAUAGAAAGAAUAGAGAAAAUUACUUUCAUACAAAAAUAUAGAUUUUACCAAGGCUAAUUUAUCUGAUAUGUAAUACUUUUAUUUUAAACAAUUUUUAGCUAUCAACGACUUUAUUUAAGACAAGACUCUUUAUUUAGAAGAAAACAUUUACCUUAAUCUUACACAGAUCACAAGUUAAGUAAAGACUCAUCUUACCUUUCCUGAACAGAAUCUUCAUUUUGAUGUCAAGGAUAAAAAUCUUAAGGCAGUGGUUGAUCCCCUGCACGAUAUAAUUAAAAGAUAUAAGGAAUAUACUCUGCCUUUUUGGCUUCUUAUAAAUCUCUACAUAAUUAACGACAAUGAGUUAAUCACAAUAAACUUUGACAACUUAAUGUCACUGAUACAUAUUAAUGAAGACAUGGAUUGCGAUAUAGUAAAUUACCAUGAAGUAUGCACUGAAUCUCACAUGCCAAACUAUAAAUUAAAGUUUGUUAGAAUGACUUUCAGAUCAGUCGAAGAAGCAAGAAGAAGAGCUGUAGUAUUAGGGUUGCUAACUUAUAGCAUUAUGAGUGGGCCUAAUGUCUUUGUAAAGCUCUUUACCUAGGAGCAUUUAGAGGAUUCUGUGUCAAGCAUGGAAAAUAUCUUAAAGAUUUGGAAGCUUUAUAACAUUGCCUAAAUUAAUCCUGGGGAAUUCGUUCAAAAUAUGAUGAAGCAACCUCAUCAAGGUCUGAUACUUAGUGAUGAAGACAUUAUGAAAUUAAAAACUAAUUAAGAUGAAAACUUUGCUUUGCAUAAUAACUAUGUUGGGAAUAGAAUGGGAAGAAGAUAGAGUAGUUAUAAUAGUUUCUAGAGUAUAAAUAACUUCACUUCACAUAUUCCAGGGAUGAUAAGAAUGAGGCUAAAAAAUGGACUAGGUAGGCAAAUCCUAAUGAAUGGAAGUCAAAUCAAAAACAUUUAUAAGGAUAAGAUGAAAAUGCUAGCUAAAUCUAUUACAAAGAUCUAGAGAGAUAUCUCAAGUGCUUAAGUAAGUAGUAGGAAUGAGAAAAUAUUUGGACUAUCUCAGUAACCAUCUACUGAGAGAGGAUAAUAGUUGUCCAAAGUAAUAAUUGAAAACAAGUCUCAAAAGACAAUGAGAAUUGAUCAUUAAAAUUUAGAUUAUAACCAAGCUAAAACAAGCAGAUAGUCUUAUAGAGAGCAAGCUAUGACCCUUAAUUUGAAUACUGAAAGAGCAAAUAAUCAUAUGAAGACAUAGCUGAUAAAAAAGGAUUAUUUUAAGCAAGUCAAAAUGCUUAGAGAUAUGCAAAGAGUCAAAUCAUUGAUCAAAGCAAAGCAUAACGCGGAUGAGUUGCGAUCUUAGAAUUUAGAACUUAAAAAGUCAUUGGCUUAAUCAACUUUGCAAGUUCUGGAAGAUAAGCGAAAAGAUAUUGAAAACUAUAAGGAAUAGCAGCUGAUUUUUAAGUAAAUAUACAAGGAUGAAGAACAGAGUUAAAAGACAUUCCUUCAGAGAAUGGUAAGUGAAGAGAAAUUUCUAAGACAAAAACUAAUUGAAAGAUAGAAAGACUAUGAUCAUAGAGACAAAAUAAUUUCAAGAAUAACGGUCAUUAAAUAAAAACACAAUCAUCAGCUGAAAAAGGAUGAAAGUACGAGAUUUAUUUAGUCAUUCGCUCAAGCUAAAAAUAUGAUUGAUAAGAAAAUUAAAGAAGGAAUAAAGCUGAAAAUUAAGAGAAAUGAAGUCGAGGCUAACAAAGAGAAAGUCAAAGAGAUUAAGGGUAAAUAUCACAAAAGUAUAUAAAGAGAGUAACCGGCAUCUGCAGUUAAGUGCGAAGUGUUCGAGCCUCUAUUUCUCGAGGGUUCUUUAUCUAGCAGAUAUUGA